AUGGGGGACGAUUCUUGCGGUGGUGGAGGGGGUUUCAGCGACAAUGGAGGGGGAGGUUUCAGUAGUGGUGGAGGGGGUUUCGGCGACACCGGAGGGGGGUUCAGCGGUGGAGGGGGUUUCAGCGACAGUGGAGGGGGUUUCAGCGACAGUGGAGGGGGUUUCAGUAGCGGUGGAGGGGGUUUCAAUAGUUGUGGUGAUGGAGGCGGUUUCAGUUCCGACACGGGCGCGGGGUUCGGCCACGAUAGCCACCACGCCAGCGGCGGGUUUCACCACGGAAUACACCACGGUCAUCAUGGCAUCGGAGGUCCUGGGUUCAACUCCCACCACCCGCCGCACCACGUGCCAGCAGUCGGCGGCGGCACGAGUUUCUACUCCGGCCCCGCGUUCGGAGGAGCAAGCCCCGGUGCGGCAGCAGCUUGUCCCGUCUUGUUCGCUGCGUUCUUCCUGAUAGCCGGUAUCAGCAUGACAGCGUCCGGGGUGGCAUCUAGUCCCGUCUUCGGCUUCAGCCCUCUGCUGGUGAUCGGACCCAUCUUCCUGUGCCUCGGCUUCAUGCUCUGCACCGUCGGCUGCGUCUGCUACCGGCGCCGCCAACAGGAGGCAGAGACCGCCAGACAAAGUGGACAGCCGAUGGUCCAGGUGGUGACGUCAGCCGGCGCACCCCAGCCCGGCCCGGCGGGACAGACCGUCAUGAUGCACCCCACCACCGUCAUUGGCCCCACCGCGGGGGCAGGGGCCGUACCCAACCCCACCGGUCCCCCGCAACCCUACCCGGCAUAUCCCCCAACGUCUAUGCCUGCAGGGUACCCACCGGCGGGUCAGCCCCCCUACCCCCCAGCAGCAGCCCCCCCACCCACGGGAUACCCCCCUCCUGGGCAGCCGCCGUACCCCUCUGCGGGUGCCCCACCACCCCCCACGGGCGGACAGCCACCCCCCACGGGAUACCCUCCCUACGGCACCGCACCAGGGCAGGGGGCGCCCGAUAUCGCCCCUCCCCCCUCAUACAACGAAGUCACCAAAGAAGAGAAGAACUGAGACACAGAGGAACUAACCAGUGUUUUUUUUUUAAAUGAUAGGCCUGUUCACUGUUUAAACUGUGCAUGUGCAGUAGGAUGCGUUGUGGGUAAUAUGUCAAAGGUAAAGGCCCCUAUAACUUGUGAACAGAUCUUGUCUAGACCAUGCUUUUUAUGUGUACAGAUAUGAUUUGUUUGUUUUUUUCGUCUCAGCUUUGACAUACUACCCACAUUGCAUCUGCAUAUGCAUGAACCUUUUAACUGGCUUAUUUUGUGUUAAUCUGUGGAUGGAAUUUUUCUGAGUGCCAUCUAUGCACAGAAAAGUGUAGAAAAUAUGGUGUUCAUGUUCAAGAUACUUUUCUAUGGGACACAACAAACAAACAAACAAUGGGAAUUUUAUCGUCAAAUUGUAUUGUAUAUUCUUAAAAGCCUUAAAAAACUGUAAUUUUUCUGUACUUCAAAAUAUAACAGAGAUGACCAAAGGGCUUUCUCUACACACAACCAUGUGACAGAAAACACGAACAGUGAGUUUAAAAUCAAUUUUGUAUACAAGAGUGUUCAAAGAACAAGUCAGUUGAUGCAUGCAUUACAGAGAGUGUCAAGUGUAAAGACACAUCAAAUUUCAUACUUUUAAAAAAGUUUUAGUUGUAGCUGUGGGCCUGUGGCCCAAGAAGAUGUUCUCAAAUGUCUUUUUGUUUUGUUUUAUCACAUUUUUUUUAUUCUGUAGAUAAUAUACAUUUAUUUUUCACCACUAAAUAUAUGAUGUACAUGUAUUUUAUAUAUGUAUUUUUUAUAUGUAUUUUUAUCCCUUGCAUGUGCAUUUAGUUUUUGUGUGAUACCUAAUUGUAACUGUAACAACAUCUCUUCUUAAGUCAGAAACAUCAUGAUUGAGAACAGCUCAAUUGUUCCCCAUAAGACAAAAAGUAGGGGAGAGAGAGGCAGUCGGAUAUGUAUUUUUUCUGAGUUCGCAUGUUAAAGUAUUAUACUGGUGUGAUGCGUUCUGUGGACAAAUGUAUCAAGGGUAGCUUUCCGUAUACUUCCGGGACUUUAUACCCUAAACGUGUUGUUCUUAUGGGUGACUUCGUUACUGAGUUGUAUUUGUCUUGAUAUCUAUGGUGCUUAACACAAUCCGUAUGUUGCAAAAGAAACUUACAAACCUUUAGACACAACCAACAUUUUAUACAGCGUAGAUAAUAAUCUUUAUUUGCCUUUCGUCUGGUUGUAUGCUAUUACCAGCAAAUAAACACAAUUGCAUGUAUA